UUGCUGUUAUUCAAUUAUUCCAUGAAUAGUUAAUUCAUUAUGAAGUCUUGCUUUUUUAAAAGAAAGAAAGAGCACAAUUACUUUUAGUUACUUUUGCUAAAGCACGGACUCAGCUAGCAUAUAGUCUGAGCAUUCUUGUUCAUAUUACUUUUAGCAUUGAACAGCUUUCAGAAAUGGAGAUUGGCUUAGCAGUUGGAGGUGCAUUUCUAUCUUCAGCUUUGAAUGUUCUCUUUGAAAGGCUUGCUCCUCAGGGUGAGCUGCUCAAGAUGUUUCAGAGGCAAAAGCAUGAUUUUCAUCUCUUAGAGAAGCUAAGGAGGACUUUGUGUGGUUUCCGGGCUGUGCUAAGUGAUGCAGAGAAUAAGCAGGCAUCAAAUCCAGACGUGAGUCAGUGGCUUAAUGAACUUCGGGAUGUUGUGGACAAUGCUGAAAACUUAAUGGAAAAAAUCAAUUAUGAAGUUCUGAGAGUUAAGGUGGAAAGUCAGCAUCAAAAUCAUGCAGAAACAAGCAAGCAGCAAGUAAGUAACCUCAACUUGUCCUUGAGUGAUGGAUUUUUUCUUAACAUAAAGGAGAAGUUGGAAGGCACCACUGAAACAUUGGAGGAGUUGGAAAAGCAAAUUGGUAGGCUUGGCCUAAAGGACUAUCUUGUUUCUGUUAAACAAGAAUCUAGAGUACCUUCAACAUCUUUGGUUGAUGAAUCUGAUAUCUUUGGUAGGCAGAAUGAAAUAGAGACUUUGGUUGACCGUUUAUUGUCUGUUGAUGCCGAUGGAAAAAAGUAUAGUGUAAUUCCUAUUGUUGGAAAGGCGGGGGUUGGCAAGACAACACUUGCUAAAGCUGUUUACAAUAAUGAGAAGGUGAAAGUCCAUUUUGAUUUGAAAGCUUGGUUCUGUGUGUCUGAACCAUAUGAUGCUUCUAGAAUAACAAAAGGAUUACUUCAAGAAAUUGGUUCAUCCAACUUAAUGGUUGAUAACAAUCUUAAUCAGCUUCAAAUCAAAUUGAAGGAAAGCUUAAAAGGAAAAAAGUUUCUUAUUGUUUUAGAUGAUAUUUGGAAUGACAAGUACACCGAGUGGGAUGACUUGAGAAUUCCUUUUGCACAAGGAGAAAUUGGAAGUAAGAUCAUUGUGACGACACGUAAGGAGAGUGUUGCCGAGAUGAUGGUUAGUCGGCCAAUUAUCAUGGAGAUUCUUUCUAGCGAAUUCUCUUGGCCUUUAUUCAAAAGACAUGCAUUUGAAAAUAGAGAUCCCAAGGAACAUCCAGAACUUGAAGAGGUAGGAAAACAAAUUGCAAAAAAGUGCAAAGGUUUGCCUUUAGCACUAAAGACACUUGCUGGUUUGUUACGGUCCAAAUCAAAGAUUGAAGAGUGGAGACGCAUUUUGAGAAGUGAAAUAUGGGAACUGCCAGACAAAAUCAUAUUACCAGAAUUGAUGUUGAGCUACAAUGAUCUCCCUGUGCAUUUGAAGCAAUGCUUUUCCUACUGUGCAAUAUUUCCGAAAGAUUAUCCAUUUCGGAAAAAACAAGUCAUUCAGUUGUGGAUUGCUAAUGGUCUAGUACAGGGGUUGCAAAAUAAUGAAACAAUUGAAGAUUUAGGCAACCAAUACUUUCUCGAGUUGCGAUCAAGAUCAUUGUUUGAAAGGGUCCCAAGGUCUUCUCAAGGGAACACCGAGAAAUUCUUAAUGCAUGACCUUGUCAAUGAUUUGGCGCAAGUUACAUCUUCAAAACUUUGCAUCAAUUUGGAAGAUAACAAAGGAUCUGGUAUGUUGGGAAGAUGUCGACACCUAUCAUAUUCAAUGGGAUAUGGUGGUGACUUUGAGAAAUUGAAACCCCUCGACAAAUUGGACCAGCUGAGGACAUUGCUUCCUAUCAAUAUCAAGCUCUAUGGGACAUUUCAUUUAAGCAAGAGGGUGUUGCAUAAUAUAUUGUCAAGACUAACAUCCUUAAGGGCACUCUCAUUGUCUGGUUAUGACAUCAAAGAGUUGCCGAAUGACUUGUUCAUCAAAAUAAAACUCCUAAGAUUUUUGGACCUUUCUCGGACAUUGAUAAAGCAGUUACCAGAUUCAAUUUGUGUACUCUAUAACUUAGAGACACUUCUCUUGUCAUGUUGUCAAAAUCUUGUGGAGUUACCGAUGCAAAUGCCAAAAUUGAUCAAUUUGCGCCACCUUGAUAUUAGCGGUACUCCUUGCUUGAAGAAGCCGCAACAUCUGAGCAAGUUGAAAAGGAUCCGUGUGUUAUUGGGAGUUGAAUUUUUUCUUGGUGGUAGCAGUGGUUCGAGAAUGGAAGAUUUGGGUGAACUACAUAACUUGUAUGGAUCUCUAUCAAUUCGACAGUUGGAAAAUGUGGCGGAUAGAAGGGAAGCUUUGAAGGCAAACAUGAGAGGAAAGGAACAUAUUGAAAAGUUAUCAUUGGAGUGGAGUGUAAGUAUUGCGGACAGAACAGAAAAUGAAAGAGACAUACUUGAUGAGCUACAUCCAAAUCUAAAUAUUAAAGAACUCAAGAUCACUGGAUAUAGACGGACAAACUUUCCAAAUUGGCUAGCUGAUUAUUCAUUUUCUAAGCUGGUGGAAUUGUCUCUAAGCAACUGCGAGGACUGUUAUUCCUUGCCAGCAUUAGGACAACUUCCUUCUUUAAAAUUCCUUGCAAUUCGAGGGAUGUGUCGAAUAACAGAUGUGACUGACGAAUUCUAUGGUAAUUCGUCCUCCAAAAAGCCUUUUAACUCUCUAGAGCGACUUGAAUUUGCAGAGAUGUUGGAGUGGAAGCAGUGGCAUGUACUAGGGAUUGGAGAGUUUCCUAUACUUGAGAAUCUUUCAAUUAAAAAUUGCCCCAAGUUGAUUGGAAGGUUGCAUGAAAAUCUUUGUUCUCUGACAAGUUUGACAAUUUUAAAUUGUCCUGAACUCAAUCUGGAGGCACCUAUCCAACUUUCAAGUCUAAAAAAGUUUAAAGUUAUAGGUUCUCCUAAGGUUGGAGUUCUUUUUGAUGAUGCUGAACUGUUUUUGUCUCAACUUCAGGAAAUGAAACAGAUAGUUGAAUUAGAUAUUUACAAUUGUCAGUCUCUUACCUCCUUGCCUUUUAGCAGUAUGCCAAAUACCUUGAAGGAAAUAAAGAUAUAUUAUUGUGGGAAAUUGAAAUUGGAGUCAUCAGUUGGUGAUAUAAUUUCUAUAGGAAGUAACAUGUUUCUGGAAAGAUUGCAACUGAUAGGAUGUGAUUCUAUAAAUGAGUUGGUCACACAAGCACGCUAUUUGAGUGUAUUUAGUUGCCCCCGCCUUACAAAGUUUCUGGUUCCCAACGGGACUGAAGAUCUCAUAAUUUUUAACUGUGAGAAUCUUGAAAUACUUUCGAUGGCUCAAACGUUGUCAUUGCGUACUUUGAAUAUUAGCAACUGCGAGAAGCUUAAGUCGCUGCCAGAACAUAUGCAGGAACUCCUUCCAUCUCUUAAGGAACUGAAACUGAUUAGUUGUCCAGAAAUAGAGUCCUUUCCUGAAGGAGGAUUGCCCUUCAGUUUAGAAGUCCUUGAGAUCUUCUAUUGCAAGAAACUGGUGAAUGGGCGAAAGGAGUGGAGUUUACAGAGAUUCCCCUAUCUCAGAGAGUUACGCAUAGACCAUGAUGGUAGUGACGAAGAGAUUCCUGCUGAUGAAAAUUGGGAGUUGCCUUGCUCUAUUCGAACUCUUUGGAUGGACAAUAUGAAAACAUUAAGCAGCCAAGUUCUCAAAAGCCUCACCUCUCUUGAAUAUCUAUCUACUGUGAAUUUACCUCAAAUUCAGUCAUUGUUGGAAGAAGGGCUUCCCUCAUCUCUUUCUGAGCUUAGAUUAAAUGACCAUGACGAGCUCCAUUCACUACCUACCGAAGGUUUUCGACGCCUCACCUCGCUUCAACGUCUAUAUCUUUACCACUGCGAUCAACUCAAAUCUAUUCCAGAAUCAGCGCUGCCCUCCUCCCUAUCUGAGCUGACCAUCUUGAAUUGCCGUAAUCUCCAAUCUCUUCAAGUGAAAAGAAAGCCUUCCUUCCUCUCUCUGCUGCCUAUCUGUCGUUGCGGUAAUAAUCUCCAACCUCUUCCAGAAUCAGCGCUGCCCUCCUCCCUCUCUAAGCUGGUCAUCGAUGAUUGCCCUAAACUCCAAUCUCUUCCAGUAAAAGGGAUGCCCUCUUCCAUCUCUGCACUAUGGAUUCGCAACUGCCCAUUGCUCAAACCAAGUCUAGAAUUUGAGGAGGAGGAUUACUGGCCAAAUAUUGCUCAAAUUCCCACCAUAAAAAUCGACGAGGAAUAUCUGUAAUGUAAUGAUUAUAACGAGUGGUGCUCUGAUAAAUUGUGGGGCUUAUAUUGCCACUAUAAAGCCGAGGAAUCAUCUUCAGGUCAAGAUUAAUUGUGAUGUUAGAUGAGAAAAAUAGGAUUUUGACAACAGCAUGAUCAGUCACUUUGCUCUAUUUUGAGAGUGAUUUGGGAACUAUACAAUCUCAUUUUCUCUUGGAAGGCUUUUUCAGCUUUUAGCUGAAGUUUACCAUUGAUGGUCAUAUACUGCUCAAACUGCGUCUUGAAAUUGAGUAAAUGGACGAGUGGCCGGUGAUUGCUCAAUCCCCCCCACUCGGUUGAUAAUGAACUCAUAUAGCGAGCAAGAUAAAUAAGUGAUUCUCCAAAAAAUGGUGCCUAUUAAUUUUCAAGGCUUCUCUUGGCUUGUUUAUUAA